AUGGCGGCGGCGGUGUCGGCGCUAGGCGGUUUGGGGGCUCCCGAUCCCGAUGGCGGGGGCUCCUCGGGCUCGGAGGACGAGGCGAGGCCUGGCACGGCGGCGGCGGCGGCAGCGCAGAAGCGGGAGGAGCGGCUGCGCAAGUUCCGCGAGCUGCACAUGAAGCGGAACGAGGCUCGCAAGCUGAAUCACCAAGAAGUGGUGGAAGAAGAUAAAAGACUUAAAUUGCCAGCAAACUGGGAAGCCAAAAAAGCUCGGCUGGAGUGGGAGCUGAAGGUGGAGGAAAAGAAGAAGGAAUGUGCAGCGAGAGGAGAAGACUACGAGCGCGUUAAACUGCUAGAGAUCAGUGCCGAGGAUGCCGAGAGAUGGGAAAGGAAAAAGAAGAGGAAAAACCCAGAUCUAGGAUUUUCAGAUUACGCGGCUGCUCAGCUGCGCCAGUACCAGAGGUUAACCCGGCAGAUUAAACCUGACCUGGAGCAGUACGAGCAGCUGAAAGAGCAGUAUGGUGAAGCGCUUUAUCCCACAUCUGACAGUCUUCUCCAUGGAACUCACGUGCCAUCCAAGGAAGGGGUUGAUAGAAUGGUUGCAGACCUUGAAAAACAAAUUGAAAAGCGUGAGAAAUACAGUCGAAGACGUCCUUACAAUGACGACGCAGACAUCGACUACAUUAACGAGAGAAACGCCAAGUUCAAUAAGAAGGCAGAGAGGUUCUACGGGAAGUACACAGCCGAGAUUAAACAGAACUUGGAGAGAGGAACAGCCGUCUGAACUCUCAGCUCAGGCAAGGCACAUACGACAGCCCUACUACGUCUAUAAGUUUGGUGUAGAGAUUUUGCAGGCAAUUUUAAGUUGUAUCAAAAAAAUGCUUUGUAGACCUCAUUAACCAAUUUGUAAAAUCAAUAGUGUAUUUAAUGUAAUAGAAGUAAUUUCCGUAACAACUUCAGCUGUAUAUAGCUUUUACUUGCAGAAGUAACCAGCUUGUGCAAUUUCAUGUUCUAAAUAAACACCAACUCUUAUCAACUUAGAAGACAGCUUGUCUUCAUUCU